AUGAACGCGGCGCAGACAGGUGUCGAGAAUCUCGACCUCGAGAAGCUCAACGACCAGGACAAAGCAGACCUCCGCCAGUUCCUCGCGAAUGAGCAACAACGGUCACAGAUCCAAUCCCAAACACACAACCUAACACAAAUCUGCUGGAAAAAGUGCAUGCCGGGCAACGUCAAAAAUUCGAAGCUGGACAAGUCCGAGGAGGGCUGUAUCGUCAACUGCGUCGAUCGCUUCCUGGACCUUAAUUUCCUGACAAUCAAACACCUCAACAACAUGCGGUCAUAA